GGAUUAAGCCAGUGCACCUCGCACAGAUACUGGAUGGAGCCAGUCGCAGUCCGCACGAGUCGGUGCAGACUAGCACUGCUCAGACAGACAAUCAGGCAGGAAGCCAGGCCACGUCAGCUCGGUCCAACGACAACAGCUCCGACUUCUUGCUGGAGCGCAUCGAAAAGCUGGAACAUUUGUUCUCUGCCUCCAACAAGGGGCCCGUCGACUCUUACCUGGACCCUCCAACGCUCCAUGAGCUUCAAGACGGCCGGGCAUUUCUAAACAAAAGCAGAAUAUUUGGUCGGAGUCAUUGGACAUCGACUGUGCACGCGGUAGGAACGAUCCGUUUCUUCGAAGGCACCUCAGAGUACUAAUUGAUGCAGUUCAAAUGGGAGAAAAUGCGGUUCUGCGUAUCGCAAGAUGCAGUCGACAUAACCGGCAGCGGAGAACUCAAAUCCAUGAAACUGGAGGUACGGUCCCUACUACAGAAGUGCAAGGUCCUUGCCAAAACGACCAAAGUCUGCCGGCCUAGUCGCUGCCUCUCAUGUCCUGAACUCAUGAAUUUUUCGCGUCCAUCCAGAGACAUGGCAGAUGCGUUUACAAGGCUAUACCUUUCCAAGUUCGAGUCGUCAUUUCGCAUAGUGCAUGUGCCAUCAUUCUGGUCCGAGUACGAGCAAUAUUGGAUCACUCCGACUACUGUGUCUGCCGGACACCAACUCAAGGUGCAACUGGUCAUGGCCAUUGGAUCUAGCCUCUAUCGCUCUGAGGGCGCAAAAGGAUCCAUCCGUGCAAUGGCCUCCAAUAGCGUGUAUGCUGCCCAAAAUUGGCUGGCGGGACCUCUGGAAAAAGACCGCCUCACCAUGGAUGGGCUACAGGUACAUUGCCUGCUUAUUCUUGCUCGACAGAUCUGGUGCGUUGGUGGUGACCUGAUCUGGGUUUCCAUGGGUACCCUAAUCCGCACCGCAAUGGUGAUGGGACUCCACCGCGACCCUAAACACUUUCCAGAGAUGUCUGUGUUGCAAGCUGAGACUAGAAGAAGAUUGUGGGCGACGAUUCUGGAGAUGACUGUACAGUCCUCGGUCGACUGGGGAAUGCCGCCAAUGCUCUCAUUUGAAGACUUCGACACCGAGCCACCGUCCAACAAUAAUGAUGACGAGAUGGAUGAUACCACCAAGACCCUACCACAACACCCAAAAGACAUAGCGACCGACACAUCUGCACAGUUAAUUCUACUUACUUCUAUGCGCUGUCGAUUUCGAGCAGCUCGAUGCUGGAACGGUCUCGGUUUGGAUAUGCUAUAUGAUGAAGUACUAACCAUCAGCACCGAGAUUGGACGAGCCUGCCGCGAAUGCAGCGUUCUCGCAGAGAAACGUCAACCUUCAGAUUCAGCCAUAUUUCACCAGAACAUGACCGACUUCCUACUACGUCGCUUCCUGCUUCCCCUACAUCGACCUUUCGCCAAUCGUGCAGCCACGAAUCCUCUCUUCUUCUUUUCCAGGAAAGUCAGCCUGGAUACCGCCAUGGCCAUUCUUUCCCCAGAGCCAGACGAAGAUUUCUCUCGUCUGUCGCGACUCAGUGGUGGCUUCGUCAAAGGAUACAUAAUUUACGCUUGUUUCGCGCUCGCGAUUGAGAUUGCAACAGAGUUUGAAGAUGAGGGGCUGGAAACGGGCAUGCAGAGGCGGAAUGUCCGUCAAUCAUUGAUACGUGCUCUGAAGGGUGCUAUUUCGUUGGCAUCAGACCGCAUACGUUUGGGAGAGACCAACGUGAAAUUGCACUUGAUGCUCAGCGCGGUACUGGGGCAAGUCACGUCUUUGGAAAGUGGCAUUCCCAUGGAGCUGAGCGUCACACAAGCUGCAAAAAAGGCUCUGGAGGAGUCUUAUGGAAUUUUGCAGGCGAACCUCUCUUCCAACUCUGACCAAUCAGUCAACAACGAGACCGACAUGACCUUCUUUGAUAUGGGACAGGAGAAUAUGGACAUUGAUUAUCGUUUUGAUGAUCUCUUGAUGGAUGCCGAUGGGAUGAGUGGGAUAUUUGAACCCUUCCAGCUCGGCAUCGACAUGGGCAGCAGAGGUCAUUUCAAUGCCUGAGUUAUCAGGUAUCCGUAAAAUG